AUUGUCUGUUGGCUUUAUAUGGUCUCCUUGGCGUGCAGUUUUGGAGGACGCGAUUUUCCUGAACGAGGGAGGCGACCGCGCACCAAGACGGAUAUUCUUUCUGGAAACGUCCAGGAUCCGAACUGUCGGGGCGCGGACAGCAUGCGCCGUAGAGUCCGCAUCUCGACUCCAUCCUCUCUGGUCGGUCCACUACUUGCACGCCUCUGUGAGACUGCUGUCGCCUUUCUGUCCGUUCGUGACGCUUCUGCGUACCUUCCGAAACGUGCGAUUGGCUCACCUGGACUACAAGAGCCAUUUUAAGGACACCGUCCUCGACCUGUGGCUUCGCGAGGGCGCCUACAUGCGCGGCCCGUACGAGGCGGUCCACUUGUCCGAUGGUCUCAGGCUGGGUUUGCUGUUCAAACAUGGUGGCGUGUACGUCGACUUCGACGUCAUCUUUCUGAAGAGCCUGGAAGGCAUAGACGACGCCGUGGUGGCCUGUUCCGCUGACGACACGGUCACUAACAACUUCUUCGCCUUUUCUGCGCGCCAUUCCUUCAUCCGGGAGUGCCUAGAGGACUUCGUCUGGGGUUACUAUCCAAAGGACUGGGGUUACAACGGGCCCAGGGUUGUGCGCAGAGUCCUCCUCCGAUGGUGCAAUGCAACCAGGGUAGAGCAAGCGCUGGACAACAGACGGCGCUGCCGCGGAGUGACUCUGCUGCCACGCAACCGGCUUCUGCCGCUGAACCACACGACGGCACACCAGCUUUUCCACGCUGCCGCCGGCCCGAACGUCAGCGAGUCAUUCGGCCAGAGCUAUUUGGUGCACACGUUCCACAGUCGCACCCGCGACAUCCAGGCCGAGCGCGGGUCGUUCCCCAGGCAGCACACCAGCAUUGGCUUCGUCAGUAGUGCUUACAUCAUCACUGCAGCAUCGGCCGAUUGUGAGCUCUGA